GUCAGCCACUGGAGAGGGGAGGAGGUGAAAGCCCUGCUCGUGGUGUGGAGGGAGAGAGAGGCCUGGGAUGAGACAGAGAGCAGGGCCAAGUACGAGGCCAUCUCAAGCCGGCUGAGGGACUUCGGUGUGUGCAGGGACUGGCUCAGCUGCCAGACACAGAGCAGAUCGAUGGCUCUACCCGACUGGAGGCCUCCACCACCAAGAUCACAGCCGGCCUACAGCCCUAUGGCUCAGACCCAGGCGGAUUGCAGGCCCACACAGAGGCCUUACGAUGUGGAAGAAGAAGACCGCAUUCCUGCCCACAGGACAGAGGAAGCCGCUUCCAUGAGCGGUUUUCAGGAGGGGAGUGGAGACCACCACUUCAUUCCCCUCUCAGGCAUGGAGGGUGGGAGACACUGGUCCGAUAAAGAGAUCCGGGCUCUACUCAGCGUCUGGGCCGACCGGGAGGUCCAGGUGCGGCUGCAGAGCACCCAUCGUAACAAGGCCAUCUUCCAGGAGAUGGCCCGGCGUCUGGAGCUGCAGCACGGCGUGGUUCGAGACUGGAGGCAGUGCCGCACCAAAUACAAGAAUCUCAAAUAUGACUACAAAGUCAGCAAGAGCCAAGGCCGGGCCAUGCGCUUCUUUGCGGAGGUGGACGCCAUACUGCAGGGCAAGGACAUCGAGGACGGCCCAGACGAUGAGGAAGAUUCGCCCAGAAAAGGACCAGAGGGAGACCAUACAGCUGGGAGGAGAGAAUCUGGAGAAGACCACUACAUCAAGAUUGAUGACGAUGAAAGUCUGGCAGGUAUGCAGACAAUAAUAAACAGCGGAUCUCCACCUGUCAUAUCGUUAGAUAUAGGUUCAACCAUAUCGCCAGGUGGUAGAACACCACUUGAUGAGGCAAACGUGAUCACAGUCCAUGACUCGGGCCGGAACUGGUCCGAGGAGGAGGUGGCGGCACUGCUCAACAUCUGGGCGGAGGAGGGGAUCCAGCAGCAGCUACAGGGCUCGACCCGAAACAAAGAUGUGUUUGUGCAAAUAUCACGCCGGCUUCUGCAGCAGGGCGUGGAGAGGGACUGGAAACAGUGUCGCACCAAAUACAAGAACCUGAAAUAUCUCUAUCGCUCCCUGCAGAGGGGCAAGGCCGAUAUCGGAGACACGCGUCGCAUCAUGAAGUUUUACGACCAGCUGGACAGUAUUUUGUCAAGGCCCUAUAGAGGUCUCUACAGGAACUCUGGGAUGAUCAGUCCUACCAUGUUUGAGGAGCAUUCCAUUGGUGAAAUGCCUGCACAGGAGGACUGUGACCUGAUUGCUGUAGGAUAUGAACAGCAGACCAUGGACAAUGUCAUUCUGAGGAGGUCUCCUGGCAUUACCACUAGAGCUUUUCAGAAUCAGGGAAGAACAGACACCAUUUUAAGAAGGUCAGAGGAGGUUGCCGAAGUGGAAUAUGAAACAGGGGCUCGAGUGGAUGGCAUUUCAGUAAGGCCGAAUGACAGCGCUCAGACAAGCUAUGAGGAACGACCUUUGUCCAGUCGCUCUGGUACAACUGCGACACAUGAAGGAGGUCGGGAAUACAAACUCAACAUGGAGGACAGCGAGAUCACAUUCAUGGAGAGGGAGCAUGCCAUGUCAAGCAGAGGAAGGAAGCGGAAAGCCCCAGAUGAAGAUUAUACUCUGAUCUGUAAAAGAUUUCAGCAGAGUAUUGAUGAUGGAGACAGCAGCACAGAUUGUUCGGAAAACCUUGACUAUCGAUGCAAAGAGGAACAGGAUCAAUACAUUCCAAUCAUGGAAAUCACCUCUGUAUGUUCAAUGGCGUCAAAUGCACCAGCAACCGAAAACCUGGAUAAAAGGGUUUCGACCGAAAUGGCGUCGGUGUCAGAUCUAAAACUCGGCAAAAAACUUAAUGAGGGCAAGACCAAGCAAAUCUUUGAGCUGCUGGACGAACCGGGUCAUGUUUUGGUCCAGUCCAAAGACCAGAUUACGGCGGGCAACGCGGUGCGGAAGGACCAGAUGGAAGGCAAGGCCGCGAUUGCGAACAAAACCACCAGCUGCGUGUUCAGGCUUCUGCAGGAUGCCGGCAUUAAAACCGCUUUUGUGAGGCAGCAUUCUGAGACUGCGUUUGUUGCCAGCCAAUGCGAGAUGAUCCCUAUCGAGUGGGUCUGCAGACGCAUUGCCACGGGCUCCUUCCUCAAGAGGAACCCAGGGGUCAAAGAAGGCUACCGCUUCUCACCGCUGAAGACUGAGAUGUUCUUCAAGGAUGAUGCCAAUAAUGACCCGCAGUGGUCCGAGGAGCAGCUGCUGGUGGCUGGCUUGGAACCCGCUGAUCUGACCAUUGGCCGCUGUGAAGUGGACAUUAUGAACAAAAGCACGGUGGCUAUCUUUGAGAUCUUGGAGAAAGCAUGGGCCACCCAGAACUGCACGCUGGUGGACAUGAAGAUCGAGUUUGGCGUGAACGUGUCCACCAAGGAAGUUGUGUUGGCUGACGUGAUUGACAACGAUUCAUGGAGAUUGUGGCCGGCUGGAGAUCGCAGCCAACAGAAAGACAAGCAGGUGUACCGUGACCUGAAGGAGGUCACACCUGAAGCAAUGCAGAUGGUGAAGAGGAACUUUGAGUGGGUGUCUGAACAAGUAAAGUUGCUACUGGAGCCCCAGACAGUUGGGAGAGUUGUAGUUCUGAUGGGCUCAACCUCGGACAUGGCUCACUGUGAGAGGAUCCGCAAAGCUUGCAGCUCUUACGGAAUCCCCUGCAACCUGCGAGUCACCUCUGCACAUAAAGGUCCGGAUGAGACGCUCCGCAUCAAAGCAGAAUAUGAGGGCGAUGGCAUGCCAACUGUUUUUGUAGCAGUUGCAGGGAGGAGUAAUGGUUUGGGCCCGGUGAUGUCGGGAAACACAGCAUACCCUGUGAUUAACUGCCCCCCUGUUACACCUGACUGGGGCGCUCAGGAUAUCUGGUCAUCUCUUCGUAUGCCUAGUGGUUUGGGCUGCUCCACAGUCCUGUCCCCAGAUGCUGCUGCCCAGCAUGCUGCUCAGAUCCUGGGCCUGACUAACCAUCUGGUCUGGGCCAAACUUCGUGCUUCCAUGCUUAACACCUGGAUCUCACUGAAGCAGGCUGACAAGAAGCUUCAGCAUUGUAGCCUCUGAACAACCAGAAGUUGUGUUGAUGCUGAUGCAUCCAUGACAUGUCUACACGCAGCAGUCCUUUCCUGCUGAUGGAAGCUUCUAAACUAAUGCAGAGUGCCUUUUUUGCUGCAAUAUCUCUUCUGAACGUGCCAAUAAUAAACGGAUUAAUGGAAAACCUUUCCUUGGACCUUUGAUAUACAAUAAUCACAAGGUUAAAGCAAUGGUUUGUCAACACAAAAUUGUGCAGUAUUUAGCUUGCUUAAAGUCUAGGUGGUUGGCUGGAUUCUAAUUUUAAUUUUAAUUUUGCUGUCUGUUUUUCAUCAUUUCUCUUUUUCCACUUGCCAGGCUAAUCUCGCUAGCAAAAAUCAGAAGUUGUCAUUUUCUGUAAACGCAUGCCCAAAUCUGCACACUUACCUUUCACCGCAUUCAGUGCUUAAAUUGUCACACGGACUAGACUAUGGUGUGACAGACUGACUGUUAUUUAAACAGUGGGUGGAGUUCCACUGGAAUGUCAACAUGUAGAUCCAUGCUGUUGUACAAAAUUAGUUUUAACAAUCAACAAAUGGCUUACGGUUGCUUGAAACAGAUAUAGCGAGAUUCGUACCUGUGUCUGAAUGUUUCAAAAUAUCGGUUAGCUGCUUUACCUUCUGGGUCCAGUGCAAAACUAAGAAAAGGUAUGUGUAGAUGCCAAACAUAUCUGGACCCAUCACCAUUAGGGCAAGAUUAAAACGUUGUUUUUUUGGGGUGUUUUUUUUUAAAUUACCAUUAUUUGUGGGGGCUCACUUAAAGUUAUGGGUAUUCUCCAUGUAUUCAAAUAAUUGUGCAUAUCUGAGGCAAGGGGAAUGUCUUUAAUGAAGACUCAAGGUACAGACAUGAGCCUGAAGACUCUUACCUGUAACGUCUCAAUAUCAGUUUCUCAUCAAAUACUUUCUGUGGUACAUAAACAGUACUGGAGAAAGUAUUUGCUUCUGAAGAUUGUCAUCUUUAUUAAACAUAGUACUGUUUAUCUCGAUUGUUAAUGUAAUUUAGUUUCUAUUUUUAAUCAUUGAUUACAUUUAGGAAUAACUGCAGAUUUGUCCCUGUUGAGAUGAAAAGAAACCCCCAAAUAUCUACUUUUUGUGAUUGACAUUUUGUCCUAUAGUAACAUGUAUUGCUUGUUAUUAAAUUAUUAAUUACUUGUUCAAAUGUAAAGUCAUAUUAAACACCAGUAGUGCCUUUA